CUUACAUGGACACUAUCGUAGGUACAAACGUGCAGUGAGGAUACGUUUAACCGUGUUAUUAGUUUAUAACGUUUGAGUAUAUGCAUUUACCAGUAAUUUUUUGAACAAAUCACGUGAAUCCACGUGUUUAAGACAAGGUCGAAGGGCAAGAAUUAAAUUGAUAGAGUAAUCUCUGCGUAUGGUCGAUUUUACAUUUAGCGGGACUGGUUUGCAAGUCCUAUGUAACCUUGUUCUUGCGUCAGGACAAAUUAUAUAAGCCGGAAAGAUGGUUAAACGUUAUGAAAACAAUAUAACCUUCCAGUUCAGUUGGAACCAAGUUGUUCAAGGAUUUUGGCAAAGAUAUCCAAAUCCCCACAGUCUUCACGUUCUCUCGGAGGACACUGUGUCGAGAGAAAUUAAAAACGGAGUGCUCUACACUACACGACUGCUCACAAAGACGAACAGAUUACCUAAAUGGGGAGAGAGAUUUAUCAGUAAAAAUAUUGUAAAAAUUGUAGAAGAAAGCAUCAUGGAUCCAAAAACUAAGACACUAACAACUUACACGAGAAACUUAGGUUACACCAAAGUUAUGAGUAUCAUGGAAAAAGUUGUCUACAGGGUUUGCGAUGAUAAUCCUAACUGGACGGUAGCGCACAGAUCUGCAUGGAUUGACAGCCACGUGUUUGGAUUUAGUAGAGCCAUCCAAGCGUUCGGAUUGGAGAGAUUGAAAAAAAAUUAUAAUCUAAUGUACACUGGUUUUAAUUACGUUUUGGCGCACAUGUUUCCACAGACGGCACAAUAUAUGAAUCCAUCGCUGUCUCAAAUGGGCUUUAUUCAUCGGCUCGACGAAGGGAUAAGAUCUACGCUGGCAGAAGACUUCCAACAUUCCUUUCAAGGCAAGGCGGAGAAAGUGAAGGACGCUGCGAAGAAGGCCACGGAUUUAGCAAAGAAAAAAGCUGGACCGCUUUACGUGGCGUGCCAACCACAGCAGUCGUAAACGAUUUAGCGGGCGUAAGAAACGCUGAAGAAUAUUUUGUUGAUAAAUAACGAUAAAUUAAGGGAGGAGAAUUUUAAGACUCGACCGAGAUUCCCAGCGGUCUUGUACGAUGAGGCGCGUAUCGUAUAGAAACUAGCAGUAACUUUGACAGUCUUUGUAUACAGCGAUUCUUUCGUUCGUAUAAUAACUAGGUAGAGCCGACACAACGAAAUUGUUAAUAAGGAUAAUUCGGGGUGUAAAAUCCAUUCACAAGUUCGGAUACCUAUACAACCUUGCCUCCGCAACGCAAGAGUCGUAGUAAAUUGUCGCGUAAAGAGCACUGCUGCGAUAGUACUAAAUAUUAUAUGUUACAGUACCAUUCCUUUCAACUGCCAAUCCAUUUUUAAUUAUUAAGAGCUGCAUAAUAUGAGUGAGUAAUUUGAGGUAUUAAACGUAAAAUCAUUUUUUCUUCGACGACAAUGGUAAUUGUUUCACUUCGAGCUACUCUGAUUGCAUUUUCUCGGUUAAACGGUGUCGGACAAAAUUUAAUCAAAAUUAAUUUUGAUUUCUCUGACAUUGCAUUGUUCCUAUAGAAUAAUGAAUCGUCAAACUGAUCAAAUUGUUGAUUAAGGUAAUAAGCGUGACACCAUUGACCAAUGAUCAAUUUAAUUAACUAAAAAUUCGUCAUUUAAUAAAAAAAAAGAGCACAAUAUUAGAAAGGUUAACGUUUAAUUUAAUUUCAAUCGUACAUUAAUAAAUUUGUUAUUGCAUUGCAAACGAUGCGCGUUGCAGCGUGAAAUAUAGGAGUAUUACCAAAGACAUUUUUCUGAAAAUUUCUACGAAUUGAAUUCACUAGAAUAAAUCAUGAUUCUCGUUGAUCGAGUGUUAAGUUUAAAAAAAAAAUACGUGAGACUACCUGUGUCACAUUUGAUUUUUAAUGAGACGUGUUGUGCAUUUCGCUUUUUGAUCGUCGGAUCGACGCACCGGUGCGACGAUUUAAUUUUAUCUCUAACGGUUUGUAUCGGUAUUCGAUGCUUGGUACUUAACGACAACUGUGAAAUUUGAAUUUUACAUGCAAUUAAUGCAAAUUUCUUUGGGUUGCGCGUGCAAGUUUUAACAGAAUAGUCUCUGCAGUCCCUGUACAUAGUAAUACAUUUGUAUAAAUGCAGUUGCAAAGAAUAUAUAGCAAAUCUAUGUUGCACUAAAUUGUAAUAUAAUAGAGUCUAAUUAUAGUCGGCAUUGUCCAUAAAUAGUGCAAAGAUCGACGUAUCGCAUAGACAGAGAUAUGUAUUAGAAUACAGAAGAAUACAUAUGUUAAAAAAAAAAACAAGAUUUAAUAUUUAUUAUUGAUGUUUUGCCAUAAUCGAGACUGGCGCAAACCAUACUGGUCAAUGACUCCCUCCUUCGCGAAAGCAAAUAAUCUUUUUUUGUGUCAUUAAUUUU